ACGUGACAGCAGCACAAUGCAUAGGCUACGGGUCAGGACGUUCAGUCGACUCAACAUCAAACAUCAGAAUAGGGACAGCAGGCCAACACAUACUCAUCCGUUCCUCUUUCGCACACCAUGCCAGGAAAUUUUUCUGUUGGCCAUGGUCAAGUUUAUUGUUGGGAGAUGCUUCUUUUCAGUCAUACUUGCGUUACUGCCAUCCGUGAUGACCAGCUGUUUCUGAUGUUCCAUCUGGACGACCUGAGAGAAAGCCACAUGGUGGAUGCCAAGGUGUGUGCAAAGUAAAUCAAGUCCUGCCAAACAGCUUCAGGGAAGUUCUUGCCACUAGAGCAGACAGAGAUUGAUCUUGGUUAUGUCGGGUCAGACCGACUCUUCUUGGUGGAGCCUCGAGUCAUUCAGCACAAUAUUGACUCUAGCAGUCCACUCCGGGAACUGGGCCCCGAGCAACUUAGACGACAACAGUUUGAGAUUAUCGUUAUCUUGGAAGGAAUUGUUGAGGCCACAGGCAUGAUGUGCCAAGCCAAAACAUCCUAUAUUGAAACAGAGAUUGAGUGGGGCGCUCGCUUUGAACACUGCAUGACACUGGAGAAGGGCUCGUUCAGAGUAGACUUGCGUCGGUUCCACACCACCUACAAGGUACAACUGCCUCACUGCAGCACCAGACAGGCACAUCAGUUAAUGGUUCUGGCCGACUGUAAGCUCCAAGACUCUCUCAAAGCCAGUCGAGACUGGGGAACCUGGGCAGAGGGAAUGCCAGAGGAGGACAAAGACAAGCAACCAUCUCAUGGAGGAUUCACUAUUUCUAACAUUCAGGAGGACAGAGCAUCUGAAGGCAGUCAAAAGUGAAGGGAAUGCAGAGGAAAGCUUGCCUUAACAUUAGCUGAUAAAAGACUAUUUAGAUAUUUAACAGUACUUCUAGUGAAUAAUUUAUCAAGAAGGAACUUAUUGAUAGGCCUUUUUCACAGGAGACAUAUAGACAUGUCACAGUACAAAAUGCACAAGUGUAAUACAUGUCUGAAAUUUGCUAAACAUCCCGGCAAAAUACUGUUGCAACACCUGUCAAGCUUUCCAAACCUGCACUGCGCAUGCAUUUUACAUUAGCAAUGCUAGCAGAUUUAUCAUCCCAAUUUUUUUGUUAUUUAGUCAGCAACUAUGGGGUGCAAACUGUAAAGUGGUACAUACUGAAAUUAACGGAAACAUCUCCUUUCUUACCAGAUUUACAGCAAUAUUUGUUAACUUUGUCUUUAAAAAAUAAUAAUGUAGUGUUAAUAUGAAAUCCAAUCUAUAUGUUAAAUCUAAAUAUUAAAUCUAAGUGUUAAAUCUACAUGUUAAAAUCUAAAUCUAAAUGUUAAACAUACAUGAUAUUGUGUCAAAGGCCUGACUAAACCUGUGAAAAGUUAGCAAAAGACAUAAAAAUUAAGAAACUGCAUUGUUCCUUAAUUGCAGUGUAGUUAGUACUAGUAUUAGGAGUCAACUUGAAUUCAGUAAACAUUAGCUGGAAGAAUUAGACUGUAAAAAACACUACAUUUUGGUAUUUAGUUACUUAGUUAUUUAGUUACAAACUGUUCAAUCCAUUCCUUACAUUUUUUCUCUCUUGUGUUUUUAGAAUUGGAAAGGCUGAAAAAAACUGUUAAAUUCUGUUGAUGCUCAAUGUUUUUGUUAUUACAGCCCCAUGAACAAAACUGUGCCUUGUUACAGUUGCUGAGCUAUGAUUGGACAAUCAGUGCUGAGGGGCGGGGUUUAGUGAAAGGUCAAGUCCAUAUACCUGCUUCAGUUUCAGUGUUCUGGUCCUGGUAAACUAUUUGUGCAGACUGUCAUGGGUUACUGGGACACUUGAAUGAUACAGAGCCAUUGUUAGUGCUAAUACUAAUACAUGUGCUUUUCCUAUAUAACAAUUCAAAAUGUCUGCUGUGAUGAAGCCCCCUUAAAUAAUCACUGCCUAGAUGGAUCAUGUGUCAACGUGGGUUAUCAGUUUCUGUGAGAUGCCGUGUACUAUACAUGUAUUGACACAAAAAUCAGACCCUACACAUGUAUUUAUUUCUCAUAUUAUUCAUGUAUCCAACUUUGCAUGCAUCUACUUGGCACCACAUACAUCAACAAACACUUGUUUGUAUAUGUAGCGGUUUUGAAAAGGGCUACAUGUUCAGUUUUAUUGAAACAACCCCCCUAAUUUUUUGUUAAUAAUUAUGAACUUUACUGACAUUUUCAUGCACUCUUUUGACUCUAUUGAAGUAGUACACUUUUCAGUCAGUAAAAGGCGCUGUGGUGCUGGAGGGAUUAUAGUGACAGGCUCUGCACAGGCGCAGCUCAGAAAUAAACGAGCUCUGGCCUGUUGAUCACGCUAACUUUGGUCCUCUCUCUAUCAAUCCACAGGUAGGCCUACUGUAAAACUCACUUUAAUACUGUUCUAAAACUAAUGUAGCAGAGGUGGUGUUGUUUUGAAGUGUGUUCAGAGAGUUUUGAGAUGUGUAAGAUGAGCAGCGAGUUUGUUUUUGCAGUAGAAUGUCUCAGCGUGCGUCGCCAUGUGACGGUAAUCGUCACAGGAACGUCAGUAAACACAGUAGUUUCACGAGUGUAUGUAUUUGACACUAGUAAUCAGUAACAUGCUUAAAUAUGUUGUAAAUGUUGUUAGGAUGUUAGCCAGCCAGUAGCGAGUAAAUAGGGAAAGGAGAAAUCCCACAUUUCAACUAGUUUAACUUCCACCGCCAUGUCAUGGUUGCGCCACAUUGUUUGCUGGUCGCUGCGGUGUGCAAGUGUGAGGGUGUGUGUGUGUUAUGGAAAGGUUGUGGGUGAGUUUUGAUAGUGUUGAUGAGUGUGUGUAUUAUAAUAGACACUAACGUGUCUGCGACAAUAGGAAAGGGUAGGCCUAUAACAGAAUGAGUCAUAUUAUUUUUAUUAUUAUUAUUAUUUCAGUACUUUAAGUAGACUAACUUUUGUUUACAUUGAACAUAUGUUAAGUUUUUCUGAAUUUAUGUGCCCUUAUUUUCUUUUUGUCAGAAGUUUUUGUGUUGCUUAUUGUAGUUUUGGUUGUAGAGUUGUUUAAUUUAUGGACUAUGUCACUGUUAAUAUUAUUUGUACCUAGUGAGAAUGUGGAGAUUGUUAAGUAGGAAGUGGGUGAAAUUGUGCUCAGAAAUAAAGGAGCUCAGGCCUGUUCAAGA